AUGUCGGCCGCCGAAGAGACCGUUAAGGCAGAAGAGCGGGCGCAGGAGAAAUCCGAGAUCCAGGCCACGCGGGGGACAAUCAAGGCGGACAAGACAAGAGACGAACCCGAGAGCGAUCAAGACGACGAGGAGUCUGAAGAUGAGUCUGGAGAUGAGAGUGCUUCAGAGAAAGAUACAGAGGAACAACAACAAAGACCCGUCUCGAAAGAUGGCUCCGACAAGGACACGGAGGACACUUUCGAAGACGCAGUCGAGACGGGGUCCCUGCGGUCCCUAACCAAACGCCCACAACCCGUCAAGCGUUUGUCAACGCCCGCCGAGGACCAUACCGACUCCGAAUACGGUGACGACGCAUCACAGACCGCCGCAACGAACGUCCGCCCAGACUCGCAAGAGGUAGCAGCCGCAGCGGUCGCGGAGGAGAAGAAGGGUGUACGUCCGCUGUCACAGGCGUCUGCUGGGUCGCUUGAUAAUGUCAAUCUCAACGACGACGAUGCGGCAGCGGUAACAGCAGCCCAGACCCAGUCAGGAAAACCAUCACCGCCUGGGAAGGCAUCCAAGACCAUGUCGUUCAGCAGCAUAACCAACGUCCUACCCAAUAUGCCGUGGUCACCCCCGGCCACCGACUCCCCGUCCAAAAGUCCACCGCCCGCAGCUACUUCUAUAGCAGCACCACCGGCACCGGCUCCAGCAUCAGCCCCUGCAGCUGCAGCUGCACCUCCCGCUGCCCCUGCGGCCACCGGCAGGAAGUUCAACAGCCCCUUCUCCUGGCUCUCACGGGCCUCGUCCUCGAAAGAACCCCCAGCAGUACAGGCCACGCCAUCCACAAGAAGAAACACCGUCAGCUCGGUCGCCACUCUGACUAGCAAUCCAGAGAUGAUGCUAAGCAAGCUGGAGGAAGAGAAUGAAGGAGACGAGGGGACGCGCAACAGCCUAAAAGACCGGUUCAAGGCGCUACGUCUGAGGGAGGAAGCGAGUCUAUCAACCACAGGACCAACUGAAGACGGCAAGCCUGCGGGCGAAGAAGCGGAGGGCGAUGCUGCGGCCGCAGCUAGGCCUUUCUCAUCGCCGCCGCUACCAUCGAGCCCAGGCAAGGUCCUCGCUCCUGGGACGGCCUCAGGGGUCAACGCCGGCCCGUCAACCAUCGCCGAGGCCCCGGUGAACUGGGAUCUCUGGCAGGAUGUUGUCAACGAAGGACCGGCGGCUGUAGCGCGGACCAGCGCGGAGGAACUCAACAAGUCAAUCGCAACCGGGAUCCCCAACGCCAUCCGCGGUGUGAUCUGGCAGGUCCUGGCUCAGAGCAAGAACGAGGAGCUCGAAGCCGUGUACCGAGAACUUGUGAUCCGAGGCACCGACAAGGAGAAGGAGAGGCGGAGCAGCGGGACAACAAUCAGUGCCUCCCUCAACGGAAGCACCAAGGGGUCUGGAUCCUCCGCGUCGUCCGUCCAUUCGGUGAACUCCGGCUUGAACGGCGGGGCGCCGUCCCCGACAGAGAAGGACUCGGACUCGGUCAAGAAGAGCCAGACCGGCCAGACUCUGUCGCUUGCCGAGCGCCAGAAGAAGGAGAAGGAGGAUUUGGCCUCGCUCCAGAAGCUUGAGAAGACAAUUAGGAGAGAUCUCGGCGCUAGGACGAGUUAUUCCAAGUUUGCGGCUGCGCAGGGGCUGCAGGAGGGGUUGUUUGGGGUUUGCAAGGCGUAUGCGCUGUUUGACGAGGGCGUUGGGUAUGCUCAGGGCAUGAAUUUCCUUGUUAUGCCUCUCCUGUUCAAUAUGCCCGAAGAGGAAGCCUUCUGCUUGCUGGUACGGCUCAUGAACCAGUACCAUCUCCGUGAUCUCUUCAUCCAGGACAUGCCUGGCCUCCAUCUCCACCUGUACCAAUUCGAGCGCCUGCUCGAAGAGUUCGAGCCAGCCCUGUACUGCCAUCUCCGCCGGCGCGGCAUCUCCCCCCAUCUCUACGCCACCCAAUGGUUCCUGACCCUCUUCGCCUACCGCUUCCCACUACAGCUUGUCCUGCGCAUCUACGACCUGAUCCUUUCCGAGGGCCUAUCCGCCAUCCUCAAGUUCGGCACCGUGCUCAUGCAAAAGAACGCUUCCGCCCUACUCGCCCUAACCGACAUGGCGCAGCUCACCACCUUCCUCAAAGACCGCCUGUUCGACGUCUACAUCGACGCCUCCCCUUCCUCCAACUCCAUCCUCGAAAACGGCUUCUUCGGCUCCUCCAGCAGCAGCAUCGACAAAGAAGUCUACCGCGCCGACCAACUCAUCCGCGACGCCUGCGAGGUCAAAAUCACCCCCGAUAUGCUCAAGGCCUACCAGGUCGAGUGGGAGGAAAAGACCCGCACGGAGCGUGAACGCGAGGCCGAGCUGGAGGCCCUACGCGCCAGCAACACCAGCUACGCGGUGCGUCUGCGCAAGCUGGAGGAGCGGCUGCAGCAGGCGGAUGGUGAGCAGGCGUCCCUCGCGACGGAGCUGGUGCACACCAAGGUGGACAACGACGAGCUGCGGGAUGAGAAUGAAGGGCUCAAGAUCCAGGUGCAGGAGCUGCGGAUUGUGAUUGAGAAACAGCCGGCUGAGCUGGAGACGGCGUGGCAGUUGGAAAGGGAUGAUCUGAUGAAGCGGAAUGGGAAGGUGCAUGAUGAGAAUCAGAGGUUGGAGAAGGAGUUGUCCGAGUUGGAGGAGGAGUUGGUGCAGACUAAGAUGCAUUAUGCUGAGAUUAACUCGCAGCACGAGACACUCACCCGGAAAUGGACCGACCUCAAGCGGCAAUUCCAAUAA